AUGGCGGAGGCGAGGAGCGACGGUGAUACCGGAGGCGAUACCGGAGGAGAUGGCGGCGUUAACGGGGGCGAUGGCGGCGGUUCCCCGGGGCCAGGCCGCGCGGAGCUCUUCAACACCGUGGUGGACACGUUCCUGGAGAAGCUGGUGGCGGCCGGGAGCUACCCGCGCUUCGCCAGCUGCUACCGCAGCUUCUAUAAGCUCCAACCGGAGCUGACCAAGAGCAUCUACAACCAGUUCGUGUCCCAGCUCCAGGCCUCCAUCAGGGCGGAGAUCCAGGAGGUGAUGGAGGAAGGGAACCUGAAGGCGGUCCUCGACUCCCUGGAUAAGAUCGUGGAGGAGGGAAAGAGCCAGGAGGAGCCUGCAUGGCGCCCCAGUGGGAUCCCGGAGGAGGACGCCCGCAGCGCCCUGGUCCCCCCUCUCCUGCAGCACCGCUCCUGCCUGCUCCGCGCCCUCCGCACCAAGCGGGAGGAGAACAGGAGAGCGGCCCAGGCCGUGCUGGACGCAAGGGGCCGCAUCCAGGAGCUGCAGCAGCGCCUCCAGGCCCACAGCCGGGGCUGGAAGGUACCGGAGCCCCCGGGGCCGCCUGCGUGGAGCUCCCUGGGGGCCGGAGCUCAGGGGCCCUCACCCUUCCCCUCGCAGGCGCUCAAUGGAGAGCAGCAGGAGCUGGUCCUGAGCCUGCAGCAGCCGCAGUGA